AUGGACUACCUAGAGCAUCGGCGUAUCUGCGCCAAAAAGCAGAAGGAACGCUCUGAUCGUUUCGAUGCUCUCUCGGACGCAUACAGAGGGCCCUUUACAUCUCAGCAGCGAUCAAUUCUCAACGCGCCGAUUGCCUCUCUUGUAAAGGAUGUACAGAACAGCACGAUCUCACCACUCGACAUUCUCCGCACAUAUGGCAAGACAGCAGCUAUUGCCCAACAGCGGACCAAUUGCGUGACGGAGGUCCUCAUCCCGGAAGCCGAGAGAUGGGCUACGAGUGAAGUCAACCUCAAGGGACCUCUGGCAGGCAUUCCAGUGUCUUUGAAAGACACUAUCGCCGUGGGUGGCUUCGAUGUCUCGGUCGGUUACAGCAAAUAUGCGUUCAAACCAUAUGCCGAAGACGGCACGCUUGUCAAGCUUCUCAAGAAAGCCGGAGCCGUUCCUCAUGUCAAGACGGCUUUGCCAAUCACGCUGCUGAGCUUCGAGUCUACCAAUGACCUCUGGGGCGUGGCCAAGAACCCGCAUAAUCCAAAGUAUAGCCCUGGGGGCAGCACGGGCGGUGAAGGUGCUUUACUUGCCCUGAAUGGCUCUCGUAUUGGUAUUGGAAGUGAUGUCGCUGGUUCAGUUCGUGCUCCGGCUGCUUGGUCGGGUAUCAAUUCAAUCCGUUGCAGUACCGGUCGUUGGCCGAAGGUGGGCAUCGAUACCUCUAUGCCUGGUCAGGAGGGCAUUCCUUCAGUCUUCUCGCCCAUGGCUCGCACUCUAGAUGAUUUGAUCUAUUUCUUCAAAUCUUUUAUCGGCAUGAAACCCUGGGAGGUUGAUUAUACUGUCCAUCCCAUCCCUUGGCGACAAGAAAUAUACGAUGAAACUGCUUCCUCCAAGAAAUUGAGGGUCGGUCUACUGGAAACUGAUGGCGUCGUACAACCUUCUCCUGCCAUUGCUCGAGGUCUUGCGAUAACAGCGGAUGCUCUUCGCAAAGCAGGUCAUGAAGUCAUUCCGAUUCCAGUCUCCGGUUUUCCUUCAACGGCAACUCCAGCAUAUGGUCUUCAAAUCGCCUCGAUGCUCCUCUGCGCCGAUGGAGGCCGCACCUUCAAAUCUUUCUUCCGCGGUUCCGAAACCAACGACCCAGGAGCCGCACAGAUCCAUUUCUAUAUGUCCCUUCCCCGCCCGAUCAAGUAUCUUUGGUAUCUGUACACGCGGUACGUCAAGAGAGACUCCCUCUGGGCUAGCAUCCUUCGAUACUUCCACCCCUUGACCGCUGAAGGCAACUGGCAAUGGGUCGCAAAACGUGAAGCCUUCCGCGGCACCUGGUUCAACUGGUGGAGCGAGCCCGCACAGUCGUUCGACUUCAUUCUCUCUCCCGGAAACGCAACCCCUGCCCUCCCUCAUGGCGCCAUGCACGACGCCGUCUCCUCCUGCGGCUACACCUUCCUGUGGAACUUACUCGACUACUCGGCGGGGAUCAUACCCGUGACGAAAGUCGACGCCAAGAAGGACGCAUUAUCGAAGAACUGGAAGCCGAGCAAUGGCGUCGAGAAGGGUGCCUACAAGCACUACGACUCGGUCAAGAUGGCAGGAUUACCCGUUGCCGUGCAGGUUGUCGGCCGUCGCUUGAGUGAGGAGAAGACGCUCGCAUGCAUGCAAGUCGUGGAAGAUGCGCUGCGUGAGGACGGCGUCGUGUAUCAGCAUCUUGAUGUUGAGAAUUUGCCUGAUCUCGAUUGA